AAAAUAUUAGAAGAACAAAACAGCAGACACUAUUGGUCAGUAUCUUACCUUUUCCCUCCUUCUGAUCCCUAACCAACACAAGAAGAACAUCAUUUGAAGCAAACAAGAGAGUGUUUUUUUCUUUUAUUUUAUCAAAAUCCAUGGUAAUAAUAGUUGCAUCAAGUGUAUGAGAAGUGAGAACCAAGUUCCAUAAUCCAUGGUGAUAGUUUCACUAUCUUCCUCCCUUCCUGGAGGGAGGAACCUCUUCUCCUCCUUACCUUCAACGCCACCACCCCACAUCCCCACCACCUCCUCCGCCACCCCUCCGCCGCCAAUCCCAAUCCCCAAAUACCCACCUUCAAAAAAAUCCCAAAACCCGCCACCACUACCGCCGAACCCGGGCCUCAAGCACCACCACAAUUCCAAGUACUUCAAGCCCGUGGAACGCGGCGGCGUCAUCUCGUCAGACGGCGACCGGUCCGUAAUCAUCGGGGAGUCCGGCGUGUCGUACCUCCUCCCCGGCGCCCCCUUCGAGUUCCAGUUCAGCUACUCGGAGACCCCGAAGGCAAAGCCCCUGGCGAUUCGGGAGCCGGCGUUCCUCCCCUUCGCGCCGCCAACCAUGCCGAGGCCGUGGACCGGAAAGGCACCGUUGAAGAGCGCGAAGGAGAAGAAGAAGAGGAGGAAGGUUCCGUUGUUCGAUUCGUUGAACCCUCCUCCUCCUGAAACGAAGGGAGUGAAGAGCGUUGAAAUGGCGAGGUCGUUUCGGCUUGGGAAGUACCCGAAGGAGGUGAAAACCAGGGAGGAGAUACUUGGUGAACCUCUCAAACGCUGGGAGAUACAAAUGCUUGUUAAGCCUUUGGUGUCUGAUAAUAAACAGGUUAAUCUUGGAAGGGAUGGACUAACACAUAACAUGUUGGAGUUGAUACAUUCACAUUGGAGGCGUCGCCGUGUCUGUAAAGUUCGUUGUAAAGGUGUUCCUACUGUAGAUAUGGAUAAUAUUUGUCAAGUCAUUGAGGAGAAAACAGGGGGGAAAAUAAUUCAUCGAGUUGGUGGUGUAGUUUAUCUUUUCCGUGGCAGAAACUACGACCAUAGUACUCGUCCACAGUAUCCAGUGAUGCUUUGGAAGCCAGCUGCUCCAGUUUACCCAAAACUUAUACAAGAUGCUCCAGGAGGAUUAACAAAAGCUGAAGCUGAUGAAUUACGGAAGAAAGGGAAAAACCUGUUACCAAUAUGUAAAUUAGCCAAAAAUGGAGUAUACAUCUCUUUGGUAAAGGAUGUAAGAGGUGCUUUCGAAGGAAGUCCUUUGGUGAAGAUUGAUUGCAAGGGUUUAGAUCCUAGUGAUUACAAGAAAUUAGGUGCCAAGCUCAAGGAUUUGGUUCCUUGUGUGCUGUUAUCUUUCGAUGAUGAGCAGAUAUUGAUGUGGAGGGGCAAAGACUGGAAACCAUGGUAUCCACAACCUCCUCCGCUUUUCACUCCUACUGAAGCUGGCAUUACAAAGAAUUUGGACAAUACAGGUGAUUCUGAUGAUAAUCAAUCGAAACAUGACCGCAACAUGGUGAAAACAAGCCCAAAAAUGUUGUCUCUGUGGAAGAGUGCAGUUGACUCGAGCAAAGCUUUGUUGCUGGAAGAAUAUGAACUUGGUCCUGAUGCACUCUUGGAGAAGGUACAAGAAUUUGAGGGUAUUUCACAGGCCACAGAGCACUCCUAUCCAGCAUUUAUUUUGCCAAGUGAAGAUGGUGAAAAAGGUUCUUUUGCAAACUUUGAAAUCGGUACAGAAGACGGUUACCCAAGUGACAGCUUACUUGCUGAGAAUGAGGAGGAGGAGGAGGAGGAGGAGGAGGAGGAGGAAGACGAUGAUGACUAUGAUGAUGAUGAAGAUGAUGGCUUGUAUGAUAUAGUGGACUCUUCAGCUCAACCCAGAUCGUUGCCUGUUGAUAAGAUUGUAAACAAGCUAAAACCAAGACAGGCUGAAUAGAGCCAUAUUUUUCUGAUAAAAACUUAUGACAUCUUGAAGCAAAAUGUCAGGCAUGAUUUGUAAAAUUACGAAAAGGGAUGCAAAAUAGUCAGGUGUAAAUAUCCAAUUGAUCAUUUUCCCAAACAUUCCCGUAUAAAUUCCAUGCAUCGGUUUCACAAA